CAAGAAGUCUUUUGUUUUUGAUGCGUUUCCGAGAGAGACCGGCGUUGCCUCCUCGUGCUGCUGCUGCUCGACUUCGACGUCGUCCCUCGCUACGCCCGUCACCAUGCCUCCCAAAUUGGACCCCUCCCAGAUUGUCGAGGUCUAUGUGCGUGUCACUGGAGGAGAGGUGGGUGCUGCCUCAUCACUUGCACCUAAGAUUGGACCCCUCGGUUUGUCUCCUAAGAAGGUCGGAGAAGAUAUUGCCAAGGAAACAGCGAGGGACUGGAAAGGUUUGAGAGUGACAGUCAAGCUCACAGUGCAGAACCGACAGGCAAAGGUUGCUGUUGUGCCUAGUGCUGCUGCCCUGGUCAUCAAGGCUCUGAAGGAGCCUGAGCGUGACAGGAAGAAAGUCAAGAACAUUAAGCACAAUGGCAAUAUCUCCCUCGAUGAUGUGAUCGAAAUCGCAAAGAUCAUGGCUCCUAGGUCAAUGGCCAAGGAAUUGGCAGGCACUGUGAAGGAAAUUUUGGGUACAUGUGUCUCUGUAGGCUGCACUGUUGACCACAAAGAUCCUAAGGACCUUCAAUCAGAGAUUGACGAUGGUGAGGUUGAAAUUGCGGAUUCUUAAGACCUUAAAUCCUUGUAUUUGAGAAAAUCUUACAAAUGUAAGCAUGCUUUGCACAAAUCCUGGUUUUGUAAAA